CAGGCCGGGCAGAGCCCCCGCGGAGCCGACGCACCGCCGCCGGGCAGGGGAGGGCGCGGAGGGCGGGGGCGCGGUCCGCUCGCGCCCUCGGCCUCGCUCCCGCCCCUCCCCGGAGCGGCUGCCAGUCAGCGGCGAAGAAACCGGAUUGGCCGGGGGGCGGCUGUUGCCCUGGAGCUGCCGCCCCCGCCUCUCCGCCCCCUCGCCCGCCUUCCCCGCUCCCCCGCCCUCCCCAGGGCCUUGGGAAGGGGCUCAGCGUGGGAAAGGAUGGUUGAGUUUUAACCAGAGGCAAAGCGUGAGCGGGAUCAGUGUGUCCUGAACGCGAGCAGCCGAGCGCGGAGACGUGCCGCUGUAGUUAACUCCUCCCUGCCCGCCGCGCCGACCCUCCCCUGGAUCCUCCGGGCAGCCAGCAUGAAGCGAGCUCACCCCGAGUACAGCUCCUCGGACAGCGAGCUGGACGAGACCAUCGAGGUGGAGAAGGAGAGUGCGGACGAGAAUGGAAACUUGAGUUCAGCUCUAGGUUCCAUGUCCCCAACUACGUCUUCCCAGAUUUUGGCCAGAAAAAGACGGAGAGGAAUAAUUGAGAAGCGCCGACGAGACCGGAUCAAUAACAGUUUGUCUGAGCUGAGAAGGCUGGUACCCAGUGCUUUUGAGAAGCAGGUAAUGGAGCAAGGAUCUGCUAAGCUAGAAAAAGCCGAGAUCCUGCAGAUGACCGUGGAUCACCUGAAAAUGCUGCAUACGGCAGGAGGGAAAGGCUACUUUGAUGCGCACGCCCUUGCUAUGGACUAUCGGAGUUUGGGAUUUCGGGAAUGCCUGGCAGAAGUUGCCCGUUAUCUGAGCAUCAUUGAAGGACUAGAUGCCUCUGACCCGCUUCGAGUUCGACUGGUCUCACAUCUCAACAACUACGCCUCCCAGCGGGAAGCCGCGAGCGGCGCCCACGCGGGCCUCGGACACAUUCCCUGGGGGACCGCCUUUGGACAUCACCCGCACAUCGCUCACCCGCUGUUACUGCCCCAGAACGGCCACGGCAACGCGGCCACUACGGCCUCACCCACGGAACCGCACCACCAGGGCAGGCUAGGCUCGGCACAUCCGGAGGCGCCUGCUUUGCGAGCGCCCCCUAGCGGCAGCCUCGGACCGGUGCUCCCUGUGGUCACCUCCGCCUCCAAACUGUCGCCGCCUCUGCUCUCCUCAGUGGCCUCCCUGUCGGCCUUCCCCUUCUCUUUCGGCUCUUUCCACUUACUGUCUCCCAAUGCACUGAGCCCUUCAGCGCCCACGCAGGCUGCAAACCUUGGCAAGCCCUAUAGACCUUGGGGGACGGAGAUUGGAGCUUUUUAAAGAACUGAUGUAGAAUGAGGGAGGGGAAAGUUUAAAAUCCCAGCUGGGCUGGACUGUUGCCAACAUCACCUUAAAGUCGUCAGUAAAAGUAAAAAGGAAAAAGGUACACUUUCAGAUAAAUUUUUUUUAAAGACUAAAGGUUUGUUGGUUUACUUUUUUCUUUUUUAAUGUUUUUUUCAUCAUGUCAUGUAUUAGCAGUUUUUAAAAACUAGUUGUUAAAUUUUGUUCAAGAUAUUAAAUUGAAAUAGCGAGUAUAAGCCAACACUUUGUGAUAGGUUUGUACUGUGCCUGAUUUACUUUGUAAACCAGAAUGAUUCCGUUUUUGCCCCAAAAUUUGAGGAAUCUUAACAUUUAGUAUUUUUGGUCUGUUUUUCUCCUUGUAUAGUUAUGGUCUGUUUUUAGAAUUAAUUUUCCAAACCACUAUGCUUAAUGUUAACAUGAUUCUGUUUGUUAAUAUUUUGACAGAUUAAGGUGUUGUAUAAAUAAUAUUCUUUUGGGGGGAGGGGAACUAUACUGAAUUUUAUAUUUCUGAACAAAGCGUUGACAAAUCAGAUGAUCAGCUUUAUCCAAGAAAGAAGACUAGUAAAUUCUCUACUUCCUAUAGCAGAAAGGUGAAUGUACAAACUAUUCGUGGCCCUGAAUCCAUCUGACCAGCUGCUGGUGUCUGCCAGGACUGGCAGUUCUGAUUUAGUUAGGAGAGAGCCGCUGAUAGGUUAGGUCUCAUUUGGAGUGUUGGUGGAAAGGAAACUGAAGGUAAUUGAAUAGAAUACGCCUGCAUUUACCAGCCCCAGCAAUGCAAUGAAAUUUUAAUCACACAGAUCUCAAAUUCACAAAUGUUAACAUGGAUAAGUGAUCAUGGUGUGCAAGUGGUCAAAUGAGUAGUACAGUGGAACCUGUUAAAUGCAUAGCCUAAUUUUCCUGGAACUGCCAUGUUUUCUUUUAACUGGAAAUUUUUAUGUGAGUUUUCCUUUUGGUGCAUGGAACUGUGGUUGCCAAGGUAUUUAAAAGGGCUUUCCUGCCUCCUUCUCUUUGAUUUAUUUAAUUUGAUUUGGGCUAUAAAAUAUCAUUUUUCAGGUUUAUUCUUUUAGCAGGUGUAGUUAAACGACCUCCACUGAACUGGGUUUGACCUCUGUUGUACUGAUGUGUCAUGACUAAAUAAAAAAGAAAGAACAAAGUA